CAAUGACCCUGGUCAUAGACAAAGUUUGAGAAGAAGUUCAGGUCUGUCGACUAGCGCUUGUCUCGAUCAGUGGUACAUGAAUAACGAUCAGCUGAUUCCUUUGCUUUAAAAACCUAUGGCUUAAGCGAAAAUGUCUCGUAAAAUUCUCAAGAUGAUACUUUUUGUGUUAGUCACAUUAACAGUGACCUUUGCUGCCAAUACCAAUAAUAAUACCACAGCUACCACAAGUCUAAGUAAUGAGACCACUCCAGAACAAAUGCCAAUGAGAUGUCCAGAUUUUAAAGUCUAUGCAGGCAAUAACACAUUGAAUAUUCCAUAUACUAUAACAUGCUGUAUUGCUAUUGUGUGUGCUUUCUACUUUGCAUUAUUUGGUUACAGAGGUUUUAAAUUCAGUUUAUUCUUGGUUGGCUUCAUAUUUGCAACCUUGAUCACAUUCGUCAUCCUCAACAACCACACCACCCUUCCCUUGUGGGGCUUGAUUGCUGUUUCUCUGGCAGUUGGACUAUUCUGCGGCCUCCUUACAACCUUUGUCAUCUACUGCGGCUUGUUCCUGGGUGGAUUUUCUUUUGGAUUCUUCAUUGGUAUUUUUAUAUUCUACAUUGUGCAUCUGUUUAUUCACAUCACCAUCAAGUGGAUUCCAUUCGGCAUUCUUCUUGGUUUGAGUCUCAUUUUUGGAAUCUUGGCCCUGCGAUUCCAGAAACCUUUGUUUAUCCUCUCAACAUCAAUGCUUGGAGGGGUGCUCGCAACUGGUGGUGUAGACUAUUUUGUGGAAGGCUUUGAGCUGCUAGAUUUCACUUGGAAAAGAAUAGUGGCAAGUGAUGGACAAAUUACAUGCUGGGUUACCUGUGUGGUGUUGGCAAUAUGGCCAGUACUUUUUAUAAUGGGAAACUUAAUUCAGUUUGUCAAGACAGGGAAAACAUUCAACCACUUAGCAGGUAAAAACAGUGUCUCAUUGCAAGGAGAAGACAAAGCCAUGCAAAGAUAUCGCAGUCUAAAUAUGAAUGGAGAUGUUGUGGCUAAGUCCUAUUACCAAGGAGAGGAGCCAGGCAAAGCAACAGAGGUGUAGUACAUCCAUUAGUCAUGACAGAUAUCAGACAAUGAUUGUUGGCAUAUUAAUGCUCUGGCUCUGGACCUUUGAUAUCUGGAAGGAUUUAAAGGAUAACAGGGUCAAGAGGAUUAAAAUAAUACAUGGCCCAAGCGUAAUGUUCUUACUCAGUCAGUAUGACAACACAGCCAUUCUUGAUCACACAUGAUCAACAACAGUGACGUCAAUCAUCUGUAGUGAAAUGAAGAACAAUUGUAUAGAAUACAAGUGAAGACUCACGUGAUCUAGUUUUACAUCAGCUAUAUGGUUGAGGAUGGCUGCUUAUUUUUAAACUUUUUUAGCUCUAAAGUACUCAGUGAUUCAAGGCAGCUUGUCAUGUAAAGAUAUUGACAGAAGUACGUUUUUACUCAUCAAAUGAUCAGUUAAUUUGGAAUUGUUUAAAUCAAGAUUUUUUGCUUUGUUUUGUGACCAAUAUGUCACUUUCUAUUAUAGUCGGUUUCACAUUACUUUGCAUUAUCAGGUUCCGAACUUCAGAAAUUCCCAAGUUUGGCAACCAACUUCGGAACUUUGAAAAUAAGUUCAUUAUGAACUUUGAACUUCCUGCCUAAGUUUUGAACUUGGUUUAGUAUAAUAAUAAUAAUAAUCAUGGGAGUUUCUCAUAUAGUGCAUUUCAAAUGUCUCAAUGCACUUUACAUUUAUGACCAGUGGAGGACUUUAUGGGCUGCAUAUUAAGGCGCUUACACAGACAUUCAGGAAAGUCAAAAUGAUUUUUUAGUAGCUAUUUUAUCAAUAUUUUAAUAACUGUACAGUAAGUGAUAAGUAUCUUAGAUACCAUGAAGGUGGUAGGUAAUGUUUAUCGGAAUGUAAAUAGAAUAGUACAGCUAAUUACACCUGAAAAUACAGCUUUGUUAGCUAAGGAGGUCAAGUAAUCCUUUUUUCAUCAGUUGGAUGGCAAAGUUCCAAGUCAUUUAACAUGCUAGUGCUAGUACUGAAAUACUCCAUUUUACAGUUCCGUUCCGAGCCGAGGCUGGAGUUUCCGUGCAUGAUAAAAAGUAUAGUUUUGCUAUGCGCAGAAACUGCAGCCUCGACUUGCAACUAUUAUUCAUGGUCACUCGAACGGAACUGUAAAAUGGAGUAUUCUUUAAAAUUCUGCCAAAUAUUUUAAUUUAGGGUUAAUUAAUAUUGAAUCUAAAAAUGUCUUUGUUUGCUCUCCAACACUGCAGAAUGUGGGCAACUUGAGUUGCCAGAUUCUAGAGAUGUUGUUUGUUCUAACAAAACAUUGUACAUAUACAUUGGAGUGCCAUUAUCUUAAACCUCUUGGGGAAAACGUUUUUAAAAAAUAACAGGGCUUCAAGAUAUCCAGGUAUCUACACAAGUUUAGUAUCUUUAAGGCUUUUGCAUGUUGACAUGAUAUUAAAUUUAUUGAAUUAACGUAAGGAUUAAAAAGUACGUAGAUUUGACAAAACGUGGCGUUUCAGCUAUAACUUAUGAUAACCGCUUUCUAGCUAUUAUGAUGAAGGCUAUCACAAGUUAUUAGCCAAAACGUCAUGUUAUAUCAAAUCUACACAUUUAAUCCAAAAUCCUUACAUUCGAAUCAAAUAUAUCUCAUAUGAUGAUUGUGAAAUCACACUGGUUCAGACACUGCACCAUCUACAUUACAAAAUUUACAACAUUGUGAACCAAUCUGACACAGGAUUAAUGCUUCAUUACAGCACUACCAUAGCACAAUAUAUAAAUCUGCACUUACAAUUAUAAUAAUGAGUUAACUUGAAUAAAUAAAUCAAACAUUUUCAAAUUUCAAAAGUCUGUAAUCUGCUAUUGCAGCUCACUUUAUACCUGUUGAUAUGUAAACCCUCUAGAUACUAAUUACGUCAAUAUAUUGUACUUACAAUCAUGAUUGAAAGAAUAAUACAUUAUAAUAGGGAAUGUAAUAGCUUAGAGCUUUGUAGUACAGUAAUAAAUCAAUGCCACCAAUGAUAAUGUAUAAUGUAUAUAUAGAUUGAAUUCAUUAAAGAAAAUAGAUGAUAAAAAGUUA